AUGAAGACACCCCAAGGGAUGAAGAAAGGUGUGCUCACAAACGUGUGGCACAUCCCAAAGUUAUCCAGAAACCUGUUCUCGGUCGGCCGCUUCACCAAGGAUGUCGGCCCAGUGACGUUCACGAAGGAUGGGUGCUAUGGAGAAGCGAAAGGGACCAAGUGGAAAAUUGGUGCCCGUGAAGGUAAAGGACUGUUCAAGCUGCAAAUGACUCCAGUGGCGCCGGAACAAGCAAAUGCAGCCAAGUCGUCGGGAUGUCAAGGGGGCACCAAGUCGUACCUCUGGCACCUUCGGCUUGGCCACAUAGGUCACGAUGGACUCAAUUGCAUCGUGACGAAGAACAUUGGAAUUGGCAUCGACAUAUCUUCGGUGAAGAAGUGGGACGUGUGUGAAGGUUGUGCUCUGGGAAAACAGACUCGAGUGCGCUUCCAAUCAAACACUACAGCUCGCACCUCCAAACUCCUCGAAGUGAUUCACAGCGACGUAUGCGGACCGAUGUCGAUGGCAACUUUCAGUGGAAAACGGUACUUCGUGACAUUCAUUGAUGACAAGUCAAGAUACUGUGUCGUCUAUCUGCUCAAGAGCAAAUCUGAAGUUGCGGCGAAGUUCAUGGAAUACGCUGCGAUGGCCGAAACGCAAACCGGAAAGCGCGUGAAGUACCUUCAAAGCGACAAUGGGGGUGAAUACAAGUCCGACAAGCUGGCACGAUUCUGCGCGGAACGGGGAAUACAACAAAGGUUCACACCCCCAUAUACUCCUCAGCUAAACGGAGUAGCUGAGAGAAUGAAUCGCACGCUGGUCGAGUGUGCGCGUUGCAUGAUGGAACACGCUGGACUGGGAAAGAGCUACUGGGGUGAAGCAGUGAUGACGGCGAUGUUUCUUCGAAACCGCUGUCCAACACGUGUCAUUCACCAAGACAAGUCUCCAUAUCAAGUGUGGACGAUGAAGAAACCGAUUCUGGCCAACCUUAAAGUGUUUGGAUGCCACGCGUAUGUUCAAGUGCCUCAAGACAAACGCGCGAAGUUCGACUCCAAGUCAUCACUCUGUCGUUUCCUGGGAUACGCCGAACACCAGAAGUCAUAUCGAUUUGAGGAAGUGUCAACAGGAGCGAUCAAGAUCAGUCGCGAUGCCACAUUCAUGGAAGACAAGUUUGAUGAAGGUCCGCGCAACUACAACGAUGAGUCAAGUGUCGUUGAGUUUGAUGAUCAUGACGAGGACGAAGAAAAAGAAGAAGGUAAAACUGACGACGACAUGGACUCGAGCGACGAUGACAACGAAGACACCAGGUCUUCGAAGAGCAACAUCAAGAGACACACGCGCACUCAAUCACUUGAGAAAGCUACCGUCAUUCCAAGUCCCAAGCGAAGAACAUACAGAGGUCCGUCGCUUGAGCAUGUGUCAGCGGCUGCAAUGGAUUUUGAAGCAGCCUGCAUCGUUGAUUCAGUGGGGGAAACGCCGACUACAUUCAAGUCGGCGAUGGAAUCAAGCGACUCCGGCAAGUGGAAAGAAGCGUGUGACUCGGAGUUCGAUUCGCUUCAGAGAAACGACACGUGGGAAAUCGUGCCUCUUCCGAAAGGUCGCAAGGCCAUCGGGUGCCGAUGGGUUUUUCGUGUAAAGGAGAAUCAAGAUGGCGAAGUUGAACGUUUCAAGGCAAGACUUGUGGCCAAAGGAUUCUCACAGAAAUUCGGAGCUGACUAUGAAGAAACUUUCGCACCGGUGGCCAAGUUCACAUCGAUUCGUGUGGUGCUCAGUAUGGCCGCUAAGUACGGCCUAAUGCUACAUCAGAUGGACGUCAAGACAGCGUUUCUUAACGGCUCCCUCAACGAAGACAUCUACAUGGACCAGCCGGACGGAUACCUGGAUGCAACACAGCCGGACUAUGUGUGCAAGCUAAAGAGAUCACUCUACGGCUUGAAGCAAUCGCUUCGCAUGUGGAACCAAACAAUCGAUGGGUUCAUGAUCAAGAUGGGAUUCAAGAAGUGCGAAUCGGACCACUGCAUCUACAUCAAGCGAGACGACCAAGACAUGAUUCUCGUGGUGCUCUACGUCGAUGAUCUCAUCCUGGCCAGCAGCAACAACGAACUCCUCAAGUCAACCAAGAUGGCGCUGAGCAAACGCUUCGAAAUGACGGAUCUCGGUGAGCCUCGAUUACUUUCUCGGCAUGGAGAUCAAGAACGACCGUAA